AUGGCAGAACUCACUUUGGGUUCAGGCAGUUUGGGCAUCUUCUCAAGUCAGCUCAUUUGCCUGCGAGGCACGGAGCGGCCGUGCUACAGGAUCGCGUACAUCCCCGACGGCAGCGGCAGGCUAACCUUCGCCCAAGCCAGCCGAGUCUGCCGGACCGAAGGUGGCGAACUCCUCAGCGUCGAGACCGAGAGCGAGCAGCGCCUCAUCAUGCAGUUCAUCCAGCACGUCCCGGCCGCCGAGGGCUACUUCUGGAUCGGGCUCCGCAGGAGCCACGACGACCAUGGGCUUGGCAGCGAUUGCGGCGCUGACUAUCGCUGGCUGGAUGGCAGCCAGUCCACAUUCAGAAACUGGAUGUUAGGCGAACCGUCUUGUGGGCAGCAGGCAUGCGUGCUGAUGCAGCUAGGCCCCUCGCCACCCAGGGGAGGGUGGAGCUUUGACAGGCUUCCCUGGGCCAAUGGGGACUGCAGCUCCAGGAACCAUUUCAUCUGCAAGUACCCCAAAGAAAAGCCCCAGAAGACGCUCAGAGCAGAAGAGGAGGGAAACACAGAAGCUCCAGCUAUGACUGUCCUGCCAAAUAACCCUCCAGUCACGAUAAACACCGCAGAACUGGAAGUAGCGUCUGAAUCAGCUGGCCUUGGCACUGAUCUCACUUACAUCAUCUGGCCCUCUGUUGUUCUCCUAAUGUUCCUGCUGGUGGGUUCAGGAGUCAUAUGCUUCAGAUACCUUACUGCAGGGAGAAAAGCACAAGUGUACCGUGCUUCGCAGGGGAGUUUGGAUGCCCACAGCCCAGGCACCAGGAGCCACAUCGAGGAUCAGAGUGUCACACAGCAGGUUUCCCCCAACUGCCCUCCCUCUCAGCCUCUGUCCAACGACUACGAGAAUCUGCCAGCCAGGAACAUAGAGAGCGGCUUUGUCACGAACGACAUCUACGAGGCCUGCCUUGACCAUGGACAGCCAUCCUCUGAAACUGGAUGGGUGGAAAAUGAGAUCUAUGGCUGAUAGUUGGCUGUUGAAUUUCUGCAAUUCAUCCUGAACUGAGAGUGGACAGCACCCCCUAAAGGGUGGGGGGAGUUAUUUCAGUACUGUGUGUAUGAGCACAUCUCAUGCGGGUUUUCUGUCUUUGUUGCAAGGAGUUAAACUGAAGAUAAAAGUCAAGCUCAAAGUGCGUGGGGUGGAAAAUGGCCUGUGGGACUAAUUGACAGUUUACUGUUCACAUUGUAAUUUCUACAUUUCCUCUGGUGACUCCAUACUGUGACACAUUGACAUGGUCUGCAAACACAUAGUUAAACUUUAAGGGUUCACUAGAAAAGAAACCUGUCGAUUCGUGGCUUUAUCCACCCAAAACAGCCUCCUUUGUGUUUAAGCGACCUUGGGGUUCUGACAUUUCAUCUGCAGCUUGCUGCUGGACCUUUCACCCCGGUGGGAGGGAAUGCCGUCACAGAAAGCUGAGCCACACCCCCCACAGUGCAGGUGCAUGAGCUCGUCUCUAAAAACUAACGAGCCAGGAAUGCGCCCAGCAUGACAUAAGCCAGCAGCAUCGACGCAAAAUAAACACCCAAAAUAUCACAGCUGCCAUUUUUUUGUCUUCGUUAGCAAAAGAUCUAAAUUUAACCCUCAAUACAAACCGGUUUGGAUUUCUGCAUCGACUUAAGAAAUUUCAGGUUACACAUCAUUCAGUGUUCCCACAAUACUAGUCCGUAAUAUGCCAUUGAUUUUGCAUUGGCUUAUAAUCACUAAUGAAUGAAUUGGAAAGGUGUGCUGAAUACGCAAUUGGGGAAGUCCAGCAACGCUAUUCAGUCUGGAACAAUGUUGUCACUCAGUUGAGUGAGUCAUGGUUGGAAAUGUCUUUGUGGCUUGCUGCAGGCCCCAUCCACAAUGCUGAUGAUAUUAAUAUUUACGUCUGAGUAUAAUGAGCGAAGAGGGUGGAGUUCUGAUCAGCCGCAACACGUAAUGCUGGUUUGGCGGGAAAGGUAACAUCUCGCAGGAAUAUUUCGAUUCAAUAAAGGCUGAAACAGCCUAGAUGGGGUUUCCAGUAAGAUGUUCAAAAGCCACCAAAACGAAGACCUUUUGAUUACUUAAAUAUUUAUGAAGCAUA